GUAAUUGGCCUGUAUUUGCCUGGUGCUGCCCCUUUUGCUGGAUCUUUCAUUAUUAGGUAGGUUUUCCCAGUUGUUAGCCACUCUUCAAUUUCACCUUUUUGUAGUAUGUUGUUGAACUAUUUGGCAACAAGUAGGUAUCGACCAGUUAGAUCUUUCAACCAAAAACUAGGCAAUUCAUCUUCACCUGGUGCUGACCAAUUCUUGAUCUUCCUUGCUCUUUCUCUACUAUUUCUGCUGUUAUUACUAGUUCUUUCAACUUUUUUUAUUCGCAGCAACCUCUUUUAGCCAAGCUGUGUUUUUGUAUUUCUUUGGUUUAUCCCAUAUCUGCGCCCAGAACUGCACUGUUUCUUCCUUGUCAGGUACUGACUGAUUCACUGCAGUUUCUCCAUUGAUGGAUUGUUAGAAACGUUUCUGACUGGAUUGAAAUUGGAGAUUUUGCCUAUAACUUGCAAUUCGAGCUUUGUAUCUGCUAAUCUUCUUGGCUAUAGCUGUUAUUUGCUGCUUUAUUAUUUCCAGUGCUUCCUUGAUCUUCCUUAUUUCUAAGUGGUAUUUCUUGAUUAAGUAGUCUUUGGUCUUCUUGUUCUUCAGCUUCUUUUCUUUCAUCUGUCCUAGCUUGCUUGCACCUGAUCUCAAUUUGCUGAUUUUAUUUUCCAGACUAAUCUUCCAUUUUUGUGGUGCACUGUUUGGCUUUUUUUCUUCUUUGUUGAUUUUGCAUCCCAGGUAUUCAGUUAUAACUGCACCUGUGCUGUUCAUUAGUUGGUUAUUUCUUGCAGUGAGUUGGUGCUUAUACUUGAUUUUGCAGUAUUUGCAUCUUUUAAUGUUUGUGCUAGCUGUUUCUUUGGAACAAGCUUCAAUGCAGGCAGCCUUAUUCUGAUGCUUUUGUGCUGUUCUAGAUGUUCAACUCUUUGUUUCAAUUCUUUUAUUUCUUUAGUUAGAGGGCUUUGUUCUUCCUGGGGCAGAGGACAAAAUGCCUGUUUUCCAAAUGAAAGCAGUUGUAUAUCUCUGCUGGAUUCCUGUACUGCCAACUCCCCCUGCUUUGCCUCUACAUUGAGUUACUUCUGGUAAGGCUUUGAUUUCUUUGCCCUGGAUAAACCUUGGCAAUUCUUCCAGUUGUGCUUCUGUGAAUACUUUAUUUCAUAUUAUAAAUUGACAUUGAUGUGCUGGCCUCUGUUCUUUUAUUUCUGAUUCUGGAUGUUAUUCUUUCCAGAACUGGUUCAUUCGUUUCAAAUAUCCUCUUCUUGUUGGACUUGAUCUAUAAUAACAGUUCAUUAUUUCUUUGUUUUCAAUCACUGUGUAUUUGCAAUGGGUAAACACCUUUUCUUCCAGUAGUUCUGCAGCUGCUGGCCCUGGUUGCUCAACCAAAAGGAAUUCCAACAUCUAGUGUGGACCUUGUUAACCCGGGCCACAUCUGAGCCAAUAUGGCUUUCUGAAAUUUACGUCUCACCAUAUUAUUUAUGGGAGAGACACUCUUCGUCUGAUUCCUCUGAUGAGAAGUAUCCAAUAUGGUUGAACCUAUGGGAUAGCUCUCAUUUUCUUCAGAGUACACAAGCCCCACAAUCACAUCAAGGUACUGCCUCACUGAGGGAUUGUUGUUGUUGUUGUUAUUAUUAUUUGGGUGGGCUGUAUAUAGUAGGCCUAUGAGAACCAAACCUCAAAUCAAAUAACUAAAUAAAUCAGGAGUUUUAUCAGAAUAAAUAAUUCUCUUGAGAUCUCUGGGGUUUUUUGAACAUUUGAACUUUCAGACAGUGCAAUGAUGGGCAAGUCUUGCUUGCUUUAGUUGUAUCCCCAAGUAUAGCAAUUGACAUCCACUUACUUAAUUGGAGAGGGGACGCUCCUCCCCUCAAAUUACCUCAACUAUUGCAAAUUAAAAGAUUAUUCUAAUACAGAAUAUGUUCUGGACCAUUACUAUUCAAUAUAAUUUGAAUAGUAAUAGUCAAAUUUGCUACUAGAAGUUUUCAUAAUUGGUCUAUGUAAUUUUAGUGUUUUCUCCGUUAUGGAUUUCAAAAAGAGUGAGAGAAAUGGAAAUAAUGAUGCUUAUGUCAUAUGUAUGAUCUACCUCUGAAUUACUUUCUUUGAUUGCUUGGUCAGAAUAUUCAUUGUCAUAGCUAUUGAGUCUAUUUAAAAAAAAAACAAAAAAGCUUUGCUGGAGAACAGAUUAAAGCCCAGCUUGUCAGUGGGGAAAAAUGACAAGGGCAUACUAGACACAGCCAAAUAUAAUGAUUAUUUGUACGUGUAUAUUCAUGUUUUGGAGUCAACAACAUAUUAUGAAUAGUCCUUGAAAAUGUGUUGUAGAAAUUGUGUGGCACUUCUGAUUUUAUUGUUGUUGUUUCCAUUUAGAUGACAGCAACUUCUGCCAAAUUCUUUAUGACAGGAGUCGCCAGACCCGGGCCCCUGUUGUGGAAGUGAGCCACGCAUCCCUUAUCUCACAUUGUCCUGCAGGCUUAGAGAAAGAGUUGGAAAAAGACAGCUGCUCCUGCCAGAGUGAGACUCCAUUGACACAGCCUCUUGCUGUACCUCCACAGGACAUAGAUACCCACGUUUCACCUGCUGUAGCUAUGGCAAAGGAAUUUGUUGCAGACAUCUUCCGAAGGGCCAAGGAAGCCAGAAGCAGUGCACCUGUAGAAGAAGCAGCAGCAGCAGGCAAUGGGCUCAAGUGCCUCCUUGACUCUGGGGCUCUGGGCCAGGAUACUUUAGGCUCUUGGGACCUGAGGAAGACUUUGGAAUCUUGCUUACAUGGCAGUGUUGCUCAUUGUUCUACAUCGUCUACUGGAACCAGUAGCAUUUCUGAUAUAGGGAGCUCCCCCAAAGAAUCUUUUAUAGCCAAUUUUGAACUGGAAAGUCUGCCAGCUGAGCCAGGCUAUGUGAACUAUACCAAACUGCGCUAUGUCCUGGAACCCAACGAUUUUUCCGAGGCAGAGGAUGAAUAUGAGGAUGACAAAAUCUCCUUGCCAUUUGUUGUGACAGACCUCCUAGGAAGAAAUUUGAAGCUCUUAAAGGAGAAGGCCAUUUGUGAGGGCCAAUAUUUAACAGUGGAGCAGUUGACUUUGGAUUUUGAAUAUGUUAUUAAUGAAGUGAUUCGAAAUGAUGCUUCAUGGUCCAAGCAGUUUUGUUCCUUCAGUGAUUAUGACAUUGUCAUCUUGGAGGUAUGUCCAGAAACCAAUCAGGUCAUCAUCAAUAUUGGACUAUUGCUGCUAGCAUUUCCUUCUCCAGAUGAAGAGGGACAGCUCAGACCAAAGACAUAUCACACCAGCCUCAAAGUGGCAUGGGAUCUGAAUACUGGCAUCUUUGUCACUGUCAGUGUAGGUGAUCUCACAGAAGUCAAAGGACAGACCAGUGGCAGUGUAUGGAGCUCCUACCGGAAAAGCUGUGUGGAUAUGGUAAUGAAGUGGCUUGUACCAGAGAGCAGUGUUCGCUAUGUCAACAGAAUGACCAAUGAAGCCCUUCACAAAGGUUGCUCGUUAAAAUUCCUAGCAGACAAUGAGCGCUACACAUGGAUUGUCUUAUGAAAUCUGAUUCAGAAGCAAAACUCACAUCAGUUGUUCAUUUUUUGCCAUAACUGUAUAUGUCCAAUUCAACUACCUCCUUGUUAAACAUUUUUAAUUUUUCCCUUUCUUUAGAGUAGAUGUUGCCCAAAUGAUCUUGGAAGCAUUAGAUUUUGUGAAUAGAAUCACUUCUACUUCCUUGUUGCUGUCUGGGGGGUGAUAUUUGAAGAAGCGAGGUUGCUUGAGACUCUGAAAACAAACUUUUCCUUGCAGACCAGGGUUAUUGUUUGCGAUGGUUCAACUUCAACUGAUUUAGAAAAAGCAAAAAUUAGCUAUUUAACCUUCUAGAGUAAUCUGUAUUUGGUGAAGCUACAAAGAAUAGGUGGGAAUAUCCUGUAAGAUUUGACUUCCUCUAAUGCAAGAACAAAUUAUUCCAAGGCAACAAUAUUGUUUAAGGAGACCAAAUUCCUUUCUUGUUUCAGUGUCAUUUUGUACUUGUUAUUUUGUCUAUUUUUUUUCUUCCUAAAUGUAAAUGCCACCCCAACUCACAUACCUAGUGGACUGAUUACAAAUGUUUUCUCUCUUUUCUCUCCAGCAGGUCUUAUUUCCUGCAAUAAAUAUUUUAAACAGAC